AUGACCUCACCAUCGCCGCCGCCGACGCCGACGCCGUCGCCAUCCACAACCCAACAGCCACCACCGGUUACAGAACCUCAGCCACUUCAGACGGAUGUUUCCCCACCUGGGUUUCCCUUGGUUCCAUUAAAGAAAGAACCUUUCUUGGAAGAACACCAGCUGUGUGAAACACUUCCACUUCCACCUCCGCCGGCGAAGUCUCAGCAGCCUCCCUCAAGGAGGUCGUCCACCAAGGACCGCCACACGAAAGUGGAGGGUCGGGGAAGAAGGAUCCGAAUGCCGGCAACUUGCGCCGCCCGGAUAUUUCAGCUGACCAGAGAGCUUGGCCACAAGUCCGACGGCGAAACCAUCCAGUGGCUUUUACAACAUGCUGAGCCAUCCAUUAUUGCCGCCACCGGCACGGGUACUAUCCCCGCCAUCGCUAUGUCAGUCAACGGAACCCUCAAAAUCCCCGCCACCGCCACCACCACCGCCGCCGCCGCCGCCACGUCCACCACCAUUACUGAUAAAAAACGCAAACUCCCUUCUGAUUUCGACAUAAACCGAAACGAAGAUACUCCCACCACCACGACCACCACAACCGUUCUCGCUCCUCUCAUGACCACCAACACCACCACCGGACAACCUCAAUCUUUCGUUCCGGUAUGGGCCAUACCCUUUAACGGAACCACCGCGUUUUGGGCGUUACAACCAUCAGCAACUCCAUUUCUAAACAUCUCAUCUCGGCCCAUCUCCUUUUUCACCUCCGGAGACCAAAAACCAACAUCAAUUACCACAACAAAUUCGAUUUCCAGCAUUCCCACCACCACCUCCGCCGCCACAAGAACUCAACCGCCGAGAGGUUUUCCGGCGAAUCUUGACGACAGAAAGGUUGAAAGAAAGGAGUUUGUUUUCAUUCAGGCAAAUCAUCAAACACCUUCCGAGCAUUGA